GCCGGCCCGAAAGCUCCCUCAAUUCCACGUCCGGUCUCCUUCACGAUCUAUAACGCUUAUCCUUGUUUCCUCUCGCUUUCUAAGAAUAAAGUUAAUCUAAGGAUAGCUUCAAAGAUAUGGGAUCCGCAACGUUCCUGGAAGUACUGCUAGCCAUUCUGUUGCCUCCACUUGGAGUCUUUCUCCGUCAUGGAUGUGGUGUGGAGUUUUGGAUUGACCUUUUGCUGACCAUAUUUGGGUAUAUACCGGGUAUUAUAUACGCCAUAUUUGUGUUGGUAGGAUAAUGUUAUGACUUGUGAGAGGACAGGUGGUAUGUUGAUGGAAAUCUUAUUAUUAGUCCAGUGGUACAAGCACGGUGGGAACGGAACCCAAAACUUUUCAAUAAUAUACAUGUCGUUAUCAUAUAUUUUCAAUGAUCGGAUUGCCCUUCA